AUUGAUGAUUACGCCAAUAAGCGCUACGAGGUGCCGGUGCCACUCAACCUCCCCAGCACCCCCACGAGCUCCAUCGAGCGCCGCCUCUACGAUGUCAGCGUUCAGACCAAGCCUUUCGGGAUCCAGAUCCGCCGCAGGAACACCGGGGCUGUCAUCUGGGACUCGCAGCUGCCCACCUUCACCUUCAGUGAUAUGUUCAUCCAGAUCUCCACCCGCCUGCCCUCCUCCUACCUCUAUGGCUUCGGUGAGACUGAGCACACGCAGUACCACCGCGACCUGAACUGGCACACGUGGGGCAUGUUCAGCCGGGACCAACCCCCAGGGUACAAGCUGAAUACGUACGGCGUCCAGCCGUUCUACAUGGGUCUGGAAGAAGAUGGCAACGCCCAUGGAGUUCUCUUGCUCAACAGCAAUGCAAUGGAUGUAACCUUCCAGCCCACGCCGGCUCUCACCUACCGCACCAUCGGGGGAAUUUUGGAUUUUUACGUCGUUUUUGGCCCGACGCCGGAGGCGGUCGUUCAGCAAUACACCGAGCUGGUGGGGCGACCGGUGAUGCCGCCCUACUGGGCGCUGGGAUUCCAGCUGUGCCGCUACGGCUAUGAGAACGACUCCGAAAUUGCCCAGCUGGUGGAGGACAUGAAAGCAGCCCGAAUACCCUACGACGUGCAAUACACAGACAUCGAUUACCUGGAGCGCCAGCUGGACUUCAAGCUGAGCCCGCGCUUCUCCGGCCUGCCGGAGCUCAUCAACAAAAUCCGGGCGGAAGGCAUGAGAUACAUCCCCAUUCUGGACCCGGCCAUAUCAGCAAACGAAACCGAUUACCUCGCUUUCACGAGGGGAAGGGAGAAGGACGUCUUCAUCAAGUGGCCCAGCUCCGAGGACAUCAUCCUUGGGAAGGUCUGGCCAGAUUUUCCCAACAUCGCGGUCAAUGAUUCCGUUGACUGGGACACGGGAGUCGAGCUCUUCCGUGCGUACGCCGCGUUCCCCGACUUCUUCCGCAACUCCACGGUGGAGUGGUGGAGCACAGAACUGCAGGAGCUCUAUGAGAACCCCCACAACGCCUCCCUCAGCCUCAAAUACGACGGCAUUUGGAUCGACAUGAAUGAACCCGCCAGCUUCGUCCAUGGGGCCGUUUGGGGCUGCAGAGAUCAAGAGCUCAAUAAUCCCCCAUACAUGCCCCAAUUGGGGUGGAGGGAGCUGGGCUUGGCCUACAAAACCAUCUGCAUGGAGGGCGUCCAGAUCCUGGCCGACGGCACCGAGCUGCGCCACUACGACGUCCACAACCUCUACGGUUGGGCCCAGACCAAACCCACACUGGAUGCGCUGCGGAGCAUCACGAAGGAGCGGGGCAUCGUCAUCACGCGUUCCACCUACCCCAGCAGCGGGCAGUGGGCAGGGCAUUGGCUGGGGGACAACACGGCGGCGUGGGACCAGAUGACCAAAUCCAUCAUUGGUGAGUCGAUGGAACGCCGUGAACCCGCGCUCCCUUCCCCAGAAUCAACGCAUUUUCACACAUAG